AUGCCUAGCCUCAAUUUCAAUCCCGACAAGGAAAUCCCCGACCUGACGGGGAAAGCUAUCUUCAUCACGGGUGGAACCAGUGGUCUGGGCGCGCAAUCGGCCAUCAACCUAGCCAAACACAACGCAUCCCACAUCUACAUCAGCGGCCGCAAUGCCCAAAGCGCCGAAAAGAUCAUCUCCCAAAUCCGGGACAGCGGUUCCAAAACCAAAGUCAAAUUCAUCCAAUGCGACUUGGCAUCUCUCUCCUCCGUCAAAGCGGCAGCCGAACAAUUCAUGUCUACAUCACCGCAACUAGACGUCCUGAUGUGCAAUGCCGGAAUAAUGGCCAAACCGCCAUCCCUCACGACAGACGGCUACGAAUUACAGUUUGGAACAAACCAUCUCGGUCACGCACUACUCAUUAAGAAGCUACUUCCUCUCCUCGAGGAAACGAGUAAUAGUGGCGGCGACGCACGCAUCGUCAUCCUCACGUCCGAGGGCAUGUUCCUUCAUCCCAAGGGCGGAAUCGUCUUCGAUGAUUUAAAAACCGUUCAAAAUUUCUGGGCUGCCGGUCCAUGGCGCCGAUAUGGCCAGAGUAAAUUAGCAAACAUGCUCUAUGCCCGCGAACUAUCCCGCCAAUGCCCAAAUAUUACUUCCAUCUCCAUCCACCCUGGAGUGGUGUCUACAGAGUUAAUUGCAAACUCGCGAUUCAUGGAUCGGAUUCUCAUUUAUAUGACCAAUCUUGGAAAUCUACUGAAACCGGAAGAGGGAGCUUAUAAUCAGGUAUGGGCAGCGACGACACCGAGGGAGAAUUUGAAGAAUGGAAUGUACUAUGAGCCUGUGGGUAAGUUGGCGCAGAAGAAGCUGGAUAAGACGGCGAGGGAUGAUGAUUUGGCAAAGAGAUUGUGGAAGUGGACAGAGGAUGCUUUGAGCGAGUACUGA